AUGAGAGGACCAGUGAUGGUGAGUGGUGGAUGUGGUGUGAAGGGAAGAAGAGGAGGACGUGACGGCAGCGGCGAAGAAGUGUCGCCGGCGGCGUUAAUGUUGGCUGCGUUGAAGAAAUCAAUGGUGGCUUGUAGUGUGGAGAGCCCUGAUGAUGUUAUCUCGGCAGUUCAUCAUCCAAUGGAGAUUGGAUGGCCUACAAACGUUAAACAUGUUAGCCAUGUCACGUUUGAUAGGUUUAAUGGUUUUUUAGGUCUUCCUCUUGAACUUGAGGUUCAUGUUCCUGCUCCUGUUCCAAGUGCCAGUGUUAGUGUGUUUGGUGUGUCGGCAGAAUCAAUGCAAUGUUCUUAUGAUUCAAAAGGAAACAGUGUCCCCACUAUUCUGCUUCUGAUGCAGGAAAGAUUAUACUCGCAGGGAGGACUUAAGGCGGAAGGAAUAUUUCGGAUAAAUCCGGAGAACGGUGAAGAGGAGCAUCUUAGAGAACAGUUGAAUAGCGGCAUUGUGCCGAAUGACAUUGAUGUUCAUUGUUUGGCUGGUUUGAUAAAAGCAUGGUUUAGGGAACUUCCUUCUGGAGUUUUAGAUGGACUUUCGCCGGAGGAAGUUCUUGAAUGCAACACGGAAGAAGAAUCUGUUGAGCUUGUGAAGGAGCUGAAACCAGUUGAAUCAGCUUUGCUUAGUUGGGCUAUUGAUCUCAUGGCUGAUGUUGUAGUUGAAUCGGAAUAUAAUAAAAUGGAUGCUAGAAAUAUUGCAAUGGUUUUCGCUCCAAAUAUGACUCAGAUGUCUGAUCCAUUAACUGCUCUUAUGCACGCGGUCCAAGUGAUGAACUUACUUAAAACACUGAUAUUAAAGACACUUCGAGAUCGCGAAGAGACAUCAACAGAAGAAUAUUCAUCGAUGUCAUCUCAUUCAUCCGAUCAUCAAUCAGAAGUAGAUGACUAUGACAGUCAACAUGAAAUGGAUACUAGUGGUGAAUGCAAAAGAGCCAAAUUAGAUUACGACGAUCAUGCUGACUACAGCCACAACAUUCAAGAGGCUGCAUGUAACUAUAAUGUGGAAUCUGUUAUAUCAGUUACUGAUACAAAAACUGAGGAUUCUUGUUUGAGUUCCAGUGAUAGAGACGACUCGACAACAACUGAGGGAUCGAACGAUGACACAACAAGUAUUCCAUCGAUAGAAAGUAAAGAAACCAAUGAUGUGGAAAUGGUAAAUAAAUGCGGUGAUUCUGUUUCAUCUAGUUAA